AUGGCGGUGAUGAUUUCGACGAAUGCUUUUGUGAACUUCUUUGAUGGAAGUCGGAAUUUUUGUUGGAAACCGGUUUUUCCUCAUGUGUUGUAUAAUGGCGAUCGAUUCCUGCGUCUUAAUCCGAAGAGAUCGAAGAAGACAAAGACUAAGAGUGGUGAGCAGGAGAUGGUAAGCGAUAAACGUAUUGACAAAGGUUUCAAGAGGAAUGAAGACAGUGGGAUUCAGAGAGUAACCAAAGAUGUGAGGUUGAGUAAGAGUGGUGAGUCUUCAGUGACUGUAUCAUCAGAAGAUGAGAGAUUUAACAAGAGAACAUACUCGAAGCAGUAUCAGCGUUCUACUGAUACAUCGAGAGGGAUUGAGAGAGUGACUGUGCCUGAAGAUGAGAGUUUUGGGAAACGGUAUCCGAAGCAGGAGACGGUGAGGUAUCAGCGUUCGUCUGAUACUUCGAAAGGAUUUGAGAGAGGUUCCAAAGGAGAUGGAUUGGAUCUCGUCGCUGAAGAAAAGCGAAUUCAGAGAAUAGCCAACGAGAUGGGUGCUUUAAGAAGUGACAAGUUGACUAUAACUAAGAGAAUAGGUUCUAAGAGAGAUGAGGAUGAUGAUAGCUUGUUUGACAUGGAAAGUCCUGCCUUUCGGUUUUCCGAUGAGUCCAGUGAUAUAGUGGACAAGCCAGCUACUUCACGAGCCGAAAUGGAAGACAGAAUCGAGAAGUUGGCAAAAGCGUUGAAUGGUGCAGACAUCAAUAUGCCUGAGUGGCUGUUUUCCAAGGCGAUUCGGAGUGCAAGAAUCAGAUAUAACGAUUACACUAUAAUGAGACUGAUCCAGUUUCUAGGAAAACUAGGAAACUGGAGACGAGUUAUUCAAGUGAUCGAGUGGCUUCAAAGGCAAGACCGUUACAAAUCAAACAAGCUAAGAAUUAUCUAUACAACUGCACUCAAUGUGCUUGGUAAGUCGAGGAGGCCUGUGGAAGCUCUCAAUGUAUUCCAUGCAAUGCUGUUACAAAUUUCGUCAUAUCCGGAUAUGGUAGCAUACCGUUCAAUUGCAGUCACACUUGGACAAGCUGGGCAUAUCAAGGAACUCUUUCAUGUGAUUGACACAAUGCGAUCUCCACCUAAAAAGAAUUUCAAGCCAACGACACUUAUAAAAUGGGAUCCACGGCUUGAACCUGACGUUGUUGUUUACAAUGCGGUGCUCAAUGCAUGUGUUCAACGGAAGCAGUGGGAAGGAGCAUUCUGGGUAUUGCAACAGUUGAAGCAAAGAGGGCAAAAACCUUCUCCUGUCACCUAUGGCCUUGUCAUGGAGGUAAUGCUUGCAUGUGAGAAAUACAAUUUAGUUCAUGAAUUCUUCAGGAAGAUGCAGAAAUCUUCUAUCCCUAAUGCUCUAGCAUAUAGAGUUCUUGUUAAUACUCUGUGGAAAGAAGGUAAAACCGAUGAGGCCAUACAGACAGUUGACGAUAUGGAAAGCCGUGGUAUUGUCGGAUCAGCUGCUCUUUACUACGACCUUGCUCGCUGUCUUUGUAGCGCAGGAAGGUGUAAUGAAGGGCUUAAUAUGAUUAAGAAGAUAUGUAGAGUUGCAAAUAAGCCUCUCGUGGUGACUUACACUGGCCUGAUCCAAGCAUGCCUCGACUCAGGAAACAUCAAGGACGCAACUUACAUUUUCGAUCAAAUGAAGGAGGUCUGCAACCCGAAUCUAGUUACUUGCAACAUAAUGCUAAAAGCUUAUCUACAAGGCGGGUUGUUUGAAGAAGCCAGAGAACUUUUCCAUAAAAUGUCAGAAGACGGAGAUCAUAUAAAAAGCAGCUCGGAUUUCGAAUCAAGAGUAUUGCCAGACACGUACACGUUCAACACGAUGCUAGACUCAUGUGCUGAACAAAAAAAGUGGGGUGAUUUCGGUUAUGCGUAUCGGGAGAUGUUGCGUCAUGGAUACCAUUUCAAUCCGAAACGUCAUCUCAAAAUGGUACUUGAAGCUAGCAGAACAGGAAAGGAAGAAGUGAUGGAAGCGACAUGGGAACACCUGAGACGGAGUAAUAGAAUUCCGCCAUCGCCUCUAAUCAAAGAAAGAUUCUGCAGGAAACUCGAGAAAGGCGAUCAUGUUUCAGCGAUAUCGUCUGUUGCUGAUCUCGAUGGCAACAUAGAGGAGACCGAGUUACGGGCAUUUUCAACUUCCGCGUGGUCCAAGGUCUUGUACCGGUUUGAGAAAGAUUCAGUUUUGAGGUUAAUGGACGAUGUGAACAGACGUGUGGGUUCGAGAAAUGAGUCUUCGGAUUCGGUUUUGGGGAAUUUAUUGAGUUCUUGUAAAGAGUUUAUGAAGAACAGAACAUAA